CACGUCUACUCCGAUUGGUCCGCAUCCUGCUGCCUCCAACCAAUCAGCGAAAGAUCCGAUAAACGUUCUGACAUUAUGUCUGCAGCCUCGCGCCGUCUGUUGUAAAAAUGAGAUUAUGUAUUUGAUUACAACACACAGGUAAAUAGCAAACCUUUUAAUGUACGGUUCGUUCUGUAGUUAAGAUACCACGGCGCAUUCGGCCGUCUGUCGUUUGCGAUGAGGCGGCUGAAGCUCCAGGUGGAAAUGGCGGACGGAGAGAGACAGUCGGUGCAGGAUCCCAAGGAAUGAGCGAAUCAGAACGCACAGCGACUUCAUUACAGGCCGUUUGCUACAAUAACACGAGCAUCGCGUUUAGUACGAUGAUCCUAACAGCAUAUAUGGACACCUGUGUCCUUCAUCAGGCUCGAGCGGUGUGGCCAUAGCAGCAGUUCUGGAGGAAGCGGAGCAGCGAGUGUUUAGGUGGCGCCACGCCCUGCUGCAGGGUAUGGAGUACCACAGUUCAGGGACGCUGCCUCUCCUGGGCAGCCCGCGCUACUGUCCCGGCACCAACAGCGCCAGUGGCUACCUCUGCCAGACCGGCCACUGCUGCCAGGAGACAGGCUGCUGCACCUACUACUAUGAGCUGUGGUGGUUUUGGCUGCUGUGGAGCGUGCUCAUCCUGUUCAGCUGCUGCUGUGCCUAUCGACACCGGCAGGCGAAGCAGCGUGUCCAGCAGCAGCAGAGACAGAGGGAGAUCAACCUCAUGGCUUAUCACGGAGCCUGCAGUUACCCGUCCUCCAUGUUUGACCUCAGUUUCCUUGCCUCACUCAAACUGCCGUCCUAUGAGGAAGUAGCAGCCCAACCCAGCACCCCGCCCCCUCCCUACAGCUCCGUCGCCUACCCACGAGGCUCCGCCCACCCCGGCCCGAGUCACAUGCUGUCAUCACAGAGCUCUGACAACUACACCAGCUGCUCCUGCGACUCCUGCUGUCCAUCAUCACCCUGUAGCUCCUCCCCCUCUUCGGCCCAACUCACAGAUGAAACUGAUACUAGCCACGCCUCCACGCCCUCACUCUGCGAGCCUGGCCACACCCACUCAGCGGUCAUGCACACCGAGUGCGCUCCAAUUCCACCACUUAACGAAGACAGCCAGUCGCCAACACGAAGCACAGCAGAGGUCGUGGAGGCGGAGCUUCCGGGCUCCGCCCCUCUGGAUUCCAAUGGGAACAACAAACCGGUGAAGAAUAUCACUAGUAGCACAGAUAACGUUACUGAAAUAGUAGACGCAUCCCAAACUAUUAGUACUAACAAUGUCUGCGAUGCGAACAGCGCUAAUAACAUUAGCAGUCCAAAUUCAAAGAAUAUCACCAGCCUUUGUCAUCCAGCCAACAUUUUGACUCCAGCAUCCUCCUCAACGUCUCUCCAGCUCUUCUCCAUGUCCGACCCGCUCGGUGUUCGUCCCGUGCAGCAGAAUAAUGCAGCUCAAAGGGAGGAGCUUACACAGGCUCCGCCCCCUCAGUCUCCACCCAGAACGGCUCUCUUUUCUCCCGGCGUUGAACCAGAGCGCCGCGAUUCCGCCGUGAGCGACCUGGAUGUGGAUCAAACGCACUUCCAGCAGCGACGGCUGACUGGAGACUCCGGCAUCGAGGUUUGCCGCUGCCGCGUAGAACGUGAAGAAGGGGAUGAUGAAGAAGAAGAAGAAGAAGAAGAAGAAGAAGGGAGGACACUUACAGGCAGAAUCUGCGAUUGGAACAGAUGACGCUCUUCACGAUAGUCCGGACUGUUCCGCCAGAGCCAGACCGGAUGGGGGCGGGAAAGAGGCGUGGCCUGUCUCUUCUGUGUCUCCGCCCACUGACGCAGUCGUCAUUGCAAUGGAAACUGACUGAGUGUGACGUUAAGAGCACGCAGGUGUUGUUGUGAGAGAAACCCUGUACAGACUGAAGUUAUAAAACACAUUAAUCAGCAACCUCAUCUUUGGUCUAAGGCUCUUCUGCUCACCUCGGCUGCAUUUAUUUGAUCGAAAAUACUGUUAAAAAUGUGAAAUAUUUUUACAAUUUCAAAUAUCUGUUUUCUAUGUGAAUAUCUGUUAAGCUGUAAUUUAUUUCUCUGAUCACAUCUGAAUUUUCAGCAUCAUUGCUCCAGUCUUCAGUGUCACAUGAUCCUUCAGAAAUCAUUCUAAUAUGCUGAUUUGCUGCUCAGCAAACAUUUCUGAUUAUUAUCAAUGAAAACUGUUUAUUUUCUGAGAAAACUGAUACAUUACUAUUCACUGUAAAAAAAAAUUCCAGAAAAUUUACAGUAAAAAAACGGCAGCCGUGGUUGCCAGAAUUUACUGUAAAAAAUAUGUUAUCAACAUAUUACGUUUUACGGUUUUAACUAAAAUUUACAUUUAAAUACUGUAAUUUCAUUAACUCAUAUAAUGUUAAUGUACCAAUCUAUUGUCCAAUACACUUUUUUUUUUUUACCAUUUUUACCAUAUGUACAGUAGGGGAACUUACCGUUAACCAUUUAACAGGUUACUGUAGCCUUUUUACAGUUUUUUACUGUUAAAAUUCACAGUCAUUUUUUACAGAGUUAAAUAAUAAUGAAAAAAGGAAAUUGAUACUUUUUUUCAUCAAGGAUGCAUUAAAUUGAUCAAAAGUGACAGUAAAGACAUUUAAAAUGUUACACAAGGCUUCAAAUUCAAAUAAAUGCUGUUUUUUUAACUUUCUAUUCAUCUGUGAAACAUGAAAAAUAAAAUGUAUGACUGUUUUGUGCAGCACAACUGUUUUCAUCAUUGCUAAUAAUCAGAAAUGUUUCUUGAGCAGCAAAUCAGUAUAUUAGAAUGAUUUCUGAAGGAUCAUGUGACACUGAAGACUGGAGUAAUGAUGCUGAAAAUUCAGCUUUGAUCACAGAAAUAAAUUACAUUUUAACAGAUAUUCACAUAGAAAAGAGCUAUUUUAAAUUGCAAUAAUAUUUCAGAAUUACUGUAUUUUGAUCAAAUAAAUGCAGCCUUGGUGAGCAGAAAAGGCUCUUUCAAAAACACUUUUGGCUAGUGUAUAUUUGUGUCUGUCUCUGUUGAGCUCACAGAUGCCCAAAUUAGAUCAAAGUUGGCCCGCUUUGACUGUUUUUUUUUUUUUAACCCAUCAUGCCAUAUGACAAGAGGAGGGGGAAAAAUAGAAAUAAAAGCAUAAUUUAAUUUCCAUUUUAUCUUUUUUUAAACAUUUUUAUUUAUUUUUGCAUUAAACGUAGAGGAUGUAUUUAGAUUUUUUUAUAAUGCAACAUUUUUGUUUACUUUUGGCCAUUCGUAGUAAAAGGUUUGAAAUGUUCUUCAUCGUGAUGUGAACUCUAGGGUGACGCGACCUGAAGAUACAGACAUGCAAACACACGCAAACGUGGACGAUGUUCUGACUGGACGUUCGGAACGAACCCUUUCCUACUUUCUCUCUGACGGUCCGGCUGCUUCUUUUGCUCAUUAGUUUUAAACGAACACCAACAGUUGUGAUACAACAACACACACAAACGCCCUUCCCAUGGAAUUCUGGGUAAUGCAGAACAUGAAAAGAAACACGGAAAGCAAGCAUUUGCUGAUGUUCGCCCGGAGGUUUCUGCACUACCCAGCGUUCCUCAACACCAGCUCGGCCAAAACAGAUGCUGCAUCGCAACCACUCAAGAAGAAUCGAGACUCACCUCAGGACUUCUGCUUCAGUUCAACAUUUAUUACGAACAUUCGUUUACGUCUUUGUCACACACCGAUACGCCAUUGUUCAUUUACAACAUGCAGGCGAGCGAAUCGCAACAAGUCUGUCAAGAUCACGUUCGAUUCUGAAAUCAAAUGAAAGACAUAGGAAAUUAUGUUUUGCAAUUUUUGCAUUAUUUCCAUGACUUUUAAGCACAUUUAACCCUUGUAAUGUUUAUAUAAUUGCUGUAAUGUGAACAGAUAGAUUUAUAUUGUAUAGUAAAUGCAUGAUAGUAUUUGUUGUACUGCCAUUAAUUUAUACUGAUUCAAAUGUAAAACGUCAUUGUAUUAAAAGAAUUGAGAUUAAAUAGUUUUAAAAAAAUGAAAGAAAACAAAAAAGAUGAACUACAAUAAUGAUAAUUUGAGAAGAAUAUGUGCUUAACUAUCAUAAAAAUAAAUGCAAUAAAUUGUAUUUUUUAAUUAUAAAAAAUUAAGAGAAAUAACAAAAAAUAAUAAAACAAAAACAAUGACUUUUUGAGAUAAAAAUGUGCUUAAUUAUCAUGAAAAUAUUUUUUUUUUUAAUUAUACGUUUAUAUAUAUACAUAUAUAUAUAUAUAUAUUUUUUUUUUUUUUUU